AUGUCACAUGUUGGGACAUUUUCUUUAAUUUGUGGACUCUUGCUACUGAUUCUUUUUGGUGCUAUUUCGCACGUAACAGCUUCUACUCUGAGAAUCGAUCCUACGGUAAAGAGGGUGUUCAAGCUAUCCGUACUUAAUGACUCCUUGGUCUCAAGAGAGCAAGUACUUUGUUUAACAGAGGCAACAGGGACUUUUGUUGAAGAAGAAUCUCUGUGUCCUUCGGGGUUUGGUCGUACAAUGCGUCGUAUGGUGUAUAUUAAAACUCAAUACCCACCUGGUAUUUUUCGUGUACUCAAGAAUUCACCCACAAGGUUUGGCGUUAGUUUUCCUCUUGAGGAGUGUAUGCGUUUCAAGUGUAAUGAUGAUGAUGACGACUAUGAUAGUAGUAGCGGUGGUGGUGACAGUGACGAGGAGGAUUAUGCCUACGUGGUUGGACUCUCUGUUGCGUCACCAUGCUGUGGAUCCCUGUACACCUCAUUCACGAUUGAUCCCUCCUCACUUACAAUGGUGCAGUCCUCUAAUAUCGUUCUCAAUGAUCGGGGUUUUUUGUCGACCUCCUUUUGUGCACUUCGCCAGGUAAGUAUUGAGCAGCUGCCUCUCGCCUCUGUUGGGAUACCGUUCCCGGCUAGACUAUUUCUCUGCAAUGAAGUUGUCUCCACCAUUGUGAACGAGUUCACUGGCCGCACUAUAACCCAUCUACUCAGAGCAGUGGUCAGCACAAACACAGCGGUUACCCGUAUGCUCUUUCCACGUGAGGUGCUACGCGCCAUUAGUGGCUGGAUAAGUGACGGUACGAGUGACAUCAGCGCAUCACUGCAUGACGCAGGAGCCUGCGUAUUCCUUACUACUCCUUACGAACACAUGGCGUGCAAAAUCCCCCCUAGUCUACUGAAUGAACUCCCCACAAUGAAAAUGGAAGUGCAAGGGUGUAGGAGUCGUCUUGUGUCAAACAAUUACUUUUGGAUUACAUUAUUUGACAUUGAUCUUAAAAAGCUGGUCGAUGAAGAUGGUUUCCUUCGACUGGGGUGCUCGGGCUCUGUUAGCGAAGCUUUGCGUCGUGGGGCUCACGACUGGGAAAUCCCACGCAUCGUCCUGGGAGCACUCUUUCUGAAGGACGCCAGGAUAUCUGUUACACGUAAUUUCGCCGAUGGUGUAAACGCCCGUGGUAUACCCAUUAUGGUCUUAGCAUCAGAGAAGGGAGAACGGGGACGUUCGCCACCGACCUCUGACGCUUAUGAGGUGAAAGGGUGUGCGGGGAGAAAAACGUGUGAGGGCAAACAUGUACUUUUCACAAGCCUUAAUCGCUGUGGGAUGUCACCUGACUGUAGCGAUGUGAUAUCCUACCGCUAUGAUGCAGAGACGCUUGAGUGUAAGUUAAACGUACAAGUGAUAACCUCAAUGAGUGUACUAAGUGUUCUGGUAAUUAUCUCCGAUGUGGCGUUAUUGUUUUUACAGCGGCAUGUAGAAAAAUUGACACAAACUGCCACUAAUGAGAUGAUGCAAGCAAAGGCAAAGUAA